GUCCGGACUGCAAGCCUGCACUGUGCUGAGAGAGAGAUGACUUGAGUGGCCAGCAUCUUUUUUUUUUUUUUUUUAAGCUCCACAACAAUGUCUAUGAACAAUUCCAAACAGCCAGUAUCUCCUGCAGCUGGGCUCCUUUCCAAUACAACUUGCCAGACGGACAACCGGUUUUCGGUAUUUUUUUCAAUCAUCUUCAUGACAGUGGGAAUUUUAUCAAACAGCCUUGCCAUUGCUAUUCUCAUGAAGGCCUAUCAGAGAUUUAGACAGAAGUCCAAGGCAUCGUUUCUACUUUUGGCCAGUGCCCUGGUAAUCACAGACUUCUUUGGCCACCUCAUCAAUGGAGCUAUAGCAGUCUUUGUGUAUGCUUCUGAUAAAGACUGGAUCCGCUUUGACCAGUCGAACAUCCUUUGCAGUAUUUUUGGUAUCUGCAUGGUAUUCUCUGGUCUAUGUCCUCUUUUUCUAGGCAGUGUGAUGGCCAUUGAGCGAUGUAUUGGAGUCACCAAGCCAAUAUUUCAUUCUACGAAAAUCACAUCCAAACAUGUGAAAAUGAUGUUGAGUGGAGUGUGCUUGUUUGCUGUUUUCAUAGCUUUGCUACCCAUCCUUGGGCAUCGAAACUAUAAAAUUCAAGCAUCGAGGACCUGGUGUUUCUACAAAACAGAGCACAUCAAAGACUGGGAAGAUAGGUUUUACCUUCUACUCUUUUCUUUUCUGGGGCUCUUAGCCCUUGGCGUUUCAUUCUUGUGCAAUGCCAUCACAGGAAUUACACUUUUAAGAGUUAAAUUUAAAAGUCAGCAGCACCGACAAGGCAGGUCUCAUCAUUUUGAAAUGGUCAUCCAGCUCCUGGCUAUUAUGUGUGUCUCCUGCAUUUGCUGGAGUCCAUUUCUGGUGACAAUGGCCAACAUUGGAAUAAACGGAGAUCAUUCUCGGGAGACCUGUGAAACAACAAUUUUCGCUCUCCGAAUGGCAACGUGGAAUCAAAUCUUAGAUCCCUGGGUGUAUAUUCUGCUUCGGAAGGCGGUCCUGAAGAAUCUCUACAAACUCUCUCGGCGCUGCUGUGGGGUCCAUGUCAUUAGCUUGCACAUGUGGGAGCUUAGCUCCAUUAAAAAUUCCUUAAAGGUUGCUGCUAUUUCUGAGUCCCCAGUUGCAGAGAAAAUAAAUCAGCCAGCACCUGGUUUAAUAGGACAGUAAGGCAGUGUAGGUCUAGGGCAAUCAACAUUCAGGAAAGUUUAGUCAGUAUUUCAGUUAAUUGGAUGGAAACAGAAAGCCUAACUGGAAAAUUCAGACCUCAGCAGUUAGUUUGGAGGCACUUUUGUCGGAUUCAGCUGUUGAAAUUUGUGAAAUUCACUGUGCAAUUGCAUCUUUUCCCUUAUUAUUAUUAUUUUUUUUU